AAACACACUGCACUGCCUGCUGUCCUCUACUGUAUACCCGGUUGGGAUUGUUUUUCCUCCUCCUCCAUCUGACUGAGUCCUCCUACUCAUAGACAUGAUGAGUAGUCCGGGCCUGAGUGGGGGCAGUCCAGGCAGCAGUGGAGUGCUCUCCUCCGAUUCAGCUGAUCUGUUUCAGGAGCUGUGGGCCCGAGUGAAGGAGUGCCACGACAGUGCGCUUCAAGGUCUUCAGGCAAAAGUGACCAAACUGAAGAAAGAGAGAUGCUUGGAUGCCCAGAGAUUGGAAGAGUUCUACAAUAAGAACCAGUUGCUGAGAGAGCAGCAGAAGACACUGCAGGACAAUGUGAAGGUCCUGGAGGACAGGUUGCGGGCAGGGCUGUGUGAUCGUUGUGCCGUGACGGAGAAGCACAUGAAGAAGAAGCAGAUGGAAUUCGAGACCAUCUGCAAACAGAACCAGCAGCUCCUCUCAGAACUCAGAGCGGAGAGAGACUCCCUUCAGGAAGAAAACAAGAAGCUUAAUCUCCGGUUAGAACGUCUUCAGGAAAGCAAUUCUCCACAGGCCCUGUCGUCGGAGGCAGAGGACGGUGUGAUCCCUGACUCCCCGCUGCACUCUGUGACGCUGCCCGCCAUCAGCAAGAUGAAGAGGAGGAGGGAGCACAGCCACGUGCGCUACGCUGAGAGGCCUCUUUCCCAGGGCUCCAAGGGAUUGCCGUCCUCUCUGCCUCUGCCACACAGCUAUGGCAAAGGAGUCCUGGUGCCAGAGACGUGCGAGAUGGAUGUAAACCCCACUACAAUCGGUUCAUUGGUCAACGGAAGAGCUGUGGUUGCAGAGACCUGUGCUAUGGACAUCAGCCAAGAGGACUCUCAAAGUGUACUGAGUUGUGUCUCUGGCUUAGACUCCAGUCAGAAGACAUCUCCAGAAGCAUCAGGCCGAACACACCCUAUCAAACCAGACACUACCUCCCCGUCCCUGCUGUGUAAGAUCCCGCUCUCGCACCGGCACCACCACACAUCAUCGGCCGCCAUUCCUCGCAUCGCCCCUCUCCAAACCUCCCGCAACGCCCCCUCUGAACCCCUCAAGAGGAAGGCUAAGACGAGCCCCAGCGGCAGGCAGGCGGACCUGGGAGAUGACGGGGAGGGGGAGGGGGGUGAGCGUCCACUGGACCUGUCCCCAGAGGAGAGGCAGGAGAGGAGGCCACGUCUCGCCCCCCCACCACCACCACCAACAACAACAACAACACGGCAGCCCACCUGCAGAGCUACACGGGAAGUGAAGGACGACAGCGCCCUCUUCAAACAGCCCAGCAUACAGGCUCCCGUGUUGAAGAGGAGCCGAGAGGCACAUCAUCCUGACUCAGAGCAGACCUCAGUACUGCAGCCCAACCCCUGCGCACGCUCCAAGAGCCCUCUGCAGGACGCCACAGAGCCGAGCUGGAGUGUAGACCCUGGAGCCUCACUCUCUCAGUAUGACACUGACAGCCCUCCUCCACACGAGAUGAGAGGGGAGAUGGAGACUGUGGACACAGACUGCACCUUCCUUAGUCACAGCAUGCUGAUGCGAGCCAGGAACGGACACGAGAAAUCGGGUAUUGGUCUGAAGGCGAAUGACAGCCUGGCGGAGAUCUUUGACAAGACUGCCUACGGUGAGUACGAGUCGUGUCCCCCGGACCACAGCUUCCGGGAAGAGGAGGAAGAGGAGGAGGAGCACAAUGGCUCUAAACACAAGCACCAGGAGGAUGAAGACGCUGAAGAACAGCUGGAGGAAGAGGAGGAGGAGGAGGAGGAUGAUGAAGAGAUGGGUGGACAUGAAAAGCACUGUACACGUGCAACUGAAGCCGGUGCAAAUGCUAAAGGAAUUCCUCAUAAAAGGGGGGAGCCUGGCUAUGCAUUUGUGGACGUGGUGCGCAAUAGAGAGGAGCGCAGGAAACUCAAGGGCCACACCUGUAAAGAGUGUGAAAUCUACUACGCUGAUCUCCCUGAAGAGGAGCGGGAGAAGAAGCUGGCCUCCUGCUCCCGCCACCGCUUCCGCUACAUCCCUCCCUCCACCCCAGAGAACUUCUGGGAGGUGGGAUUCCCGUCAACGCAGACGUGUGUCGAACGAGGCUACAUCAAGGAGGACAAAGAGCCGGACCUGCGGCUGAGGAGACGGAGGCCCUACGUGGCCAUGUUCUCCCCAAAGUCCAAGGACUGAAGAUGGCAAGGGGAAAAAAGGAACACAAAUGGUUCAGAGGCGAGACACACACUCAACUUUGCCGUCUUGAACAAAUGCCUUUCAUGUUUAGUUUGCACUUUUUCCCUAAAGAAUUUCAUCUGUUUUGUAGAUUAAAAUGUUGUUUUUGAAUAAACUGAAUGAAUAUUUAA